AUGAAUGUAUUUACAGCAUUUUCACUUGUUAUUAUAAAUGACAAUCUAACAUAUCGCUCGAGAUCGUAUGUUUGCAAGAGAUGCGAUAAAAAUUUCAGCAAAUUAGCCAGUUUUAACUAUUAUGAAACUCCAAUUAACACUAAAGAACAAAAUUGCAGUUUGUCUAGGAAAAAUCUAAAUGAAGAUAUAAAGCUCACACUAAAUUUUCUAAAUUACCUUAGAUGGCUUUCAGGAUUCAAAAAUAAAAUUUCAUUUGACUAUUCUUAUCUUGAUUCAAUAUGCAAAUGCGCAAUAUAUAAUCACUUUAACGAAUUAACGAAUUACCCAGUCGGAGAAGGUCAUGAAUGUUACUCAUACGAAGUACUUCAAGGUUGUCAAUCUUCUCUUGUUCAAAAAGGUGUAACGAAUACAGCAUCUGCAAUAUUAAACAGUUACAGAAAUGAAAAUGAUGAAUAUCUUGGUCAAAGAAUGUGGUUACUUUAUCAUAAAUUUGGUUACACGACUUUUUGUGGAGCAGGUAAUGCAACAGCGUUCAAAGUUGUUGGUAAUAAGGAAGUUGAAAUAGAAAACCUUACAUUCAUUGUCUCUCCCCCACCAGGGCCUUGUCCAAAAGAAUUCUUUUUGAAUACGUGGUCUUUUAUUGCACCUGGCUUAUCAGGUCAGGCUGAGGUUGUUGUUUAUGUUAAUGGAACAAAAGUAAACAUGAAAUCAGAGCCUGAAGUUCUUGGUUGGAACUUCUUUACGUAUAAAUUUAUUAAAUUUGUACCAGACACAGUUUAUGCGCCAUCUACAACAUACGAAGUCACAGUUAUUGAUGGUGAGACUCAAUACGAUUAUUCAAUUUUCACAACAGACUGUAAUUCGGAUAUUAGUGAUCAAGAGUUCAAUGAACAAAAGUAUUAUGAUUCAAGAAUCAAUGAUUUGAAAAAGGACUUAAGUAAUACUGGUAUUCUUGUAGGUAGUUCUGCUGCAUUCUUAGUUUUAGUAAUCAUCAUCUUAAUUGGAGUUCUAGUUUCUUUUGAUAAGAAGAAUUCAAUAAUUAAUGCAUAUACAAAGCCACAAAACGAAAAACAUCAAAAUCAGCAGAGAAUGAGAAGAAAUUCCGAUGAACGCCAAACAAAUAAUAACAAAGCAAAAGCUCCGAACAAUCAGGGUGCUAGAUCUCGUAAUCAAACAGUGAAAGCCAAAUAA